CGGAUGGGCUAGAGUCACCGAGGGUCAUAAGCCCCUCCCAAAGGCUUUUCCUUCCCCCUCUAGGGGGUGGCAAAGGCAGCCCCAGGGGUGAGGAGUAAGGCCUGGGUGGCCGCCUACAGCCCCACUGGAAUCUUCCCUGCCCCUCCCUUCCAGAUUAACCGAAACCUGCUAAUUGUGGCUGCCCUCUGCACGCUCCCCUCCCCCACCGCCGAUUUCCACCUCCCUUGGCCUCCCCUCCCCCUUCCAUCCGAAUGAUAAAGGGCUUGGCCCGCCAGCCCCCGCCUGGCCUCAGGCCCCAGCUCUGCCUCACCACACUGCCCCGUAGCCCCGCGCCCACCACUGGGCCAGGCCCCUGCCCACGUUGCCCGCUUCCCCCCGCAUGGGGCCCUGCAGCAACCCGCGCCUGGAGCUUCCUGGGGGGCAGUCGCCCUCUGAGCCCCCCAAGAGGAGGAAGAAGAGAUACCUGCGGCAUGACAAGCCCCCCUACACCUACUUGGCCAUGAUCGCCCUGGUAAUCCAGGCCGCACCCUCCCGCAGGCUGAAGCUGGCCCAGAUCAUCCGUCAGGUCCAGGCCGUGUUCCCCUUCUUCAGGGACGAUUACGAGGGCUGGAAGGAUUCCAUCCGCCACAACCUCUCCUCCAACCGAUGCUUCCGCAAGGUGCCCAAGGAUCCCGCGAAGCCCCAGGCCAAGGGCAACUUCUGGGCGGUCGACGUGAGCCUGAUCCCGGCCGAGGCGCUGCGGCUGCAGAACACAGCCCUGUGCCGGCGCUGGCAGAGCAGGGGCGCGAGGGGAGCCUUCGCCAAGGACCUGGGCCCCUACGUGCUGCAUGGCCGGCCCUACCGGCCGCCCAGUCCCCAGCCGCAGCCCUGCGAGGGCUUCAGCAUAAAGUCUCUGCUAGGUGACUCCAGGGAGGGGGCGCCACGGAGUAGCCCAGGCCGGUCAGGCUCCCAGGGCAGUGGGGAGGAAGAGGUGCCCCUGCCAGUCCUGCCCUCCAGGAGGCCUCCGUGGCCCCUCUGCCCCCUCCCAGGGUCGUUGAGCGUGGAGGGAGAGACCUCCCAGGGGGGAACCAGCAGGCCGGAGGCCAGAGCCUGGCCCCUCCACUUACUGCAGGGUACUCCAGACCCUGGGGGCCUGGCUGGGGGAGGUCACAGGGCCUCACUUUGGGGGCAGCUGCCCACUUCCUACCUGCCCAUCUACACCCCCAAUGUGGUAAUGCCCUUGGCCCCUCUACCACCUCCCUCCUGCCCCGGGUGCCCACCCUCAACCAGCACAGCCUAUUGGAGGGUGGCCCCUGAAACCCACGGCCCACCGGGGCUGCUGUGGGAUCUCGACGCCCUCUUCCAGGGGGUGCCACCCAACAAGAGCAUCUACGACGUGUGGGUGAGCCAGCCCCGAGACCUCGCUGCCCCCACCCCAGGCUGGUUGCUCUCCGGGACAGCCUGUGAGGCUCUCAGGGCCGGGCCUGCUUUCCUCUCCCACCUCUCCUGCCACCAUUUGGCUGGUUGAGGGGAAGCCAAGGCCAUGCCGUCCCAGAG